AUGUUGUCAGCAUUGUCGAUAAAAAGACCGAGAAUAUUGGUGAUCCUAGUUCCAAUAAACUUGAUUCUUAUUAUAUGUUUACUCGGUUAUAUAAAUGAAGUUUCGGUUGAAAGUUACUUGAGGCCAGUUAGUGUCAAGUCAUUGACUAGUAAGUUUGAUUUUAGUUACUUAUCGAAUAAGACUAGUGCUAAUGUUGAUACAUUCAAGCAAUAUGGGUAUCAGAUCAAGCCUAAAAAUGUCAAGUUCCAAUAUUUAAAUUCCAAAAAUAAAGACGGAGAACCAAAGCAGGUAUUAGAUAUGAAUACCGAUACAUAUGAAAAAGUUGUUCAGAAAGAAAUCAAUGAGCCAAAGGAUUACGAUAUCGAAAGCAUAAGACCACCCGAGAACAUAGAUACUUAUGCACGGGCAAAUGCUACAAUAGUUGCUUUGGUUAGAAAUACUGAAAUCACCAAGAUCGGUAGAACAAUUAAAAGAUUUGAAAGCAGCUUUAAUUCUAAAUUCAAUUAUCCUUAUACUUUUAUCAAUGACCAGCCUUUUAGUGAUCGUUUUAAGAAAAGAAUGGCUAAAUUCACAAAAGCUAAAAUUAACUUUGUUACCAUUCCAGCAGAGUUAUGGGAUAAACCUUCAUCAAUUGAUGGAGAGAGAGAAACAGCUGCAAUGGAUGUUAUGAAAGAUCACAAUAUAGCGUACGCCAAAAUGGGAUCCUAUCAUAACAUGUGUCGAUUUUAUCUGGGGAAUUUUUAUAACGUACCAGAAUUAACCAAAUAUAAAUAUUAUUGGCGUAUUGAGCCAGACGUUGAUUUUUAUACUGAUAUUAAAUAUGAUGUGUUCAAAUAUUUGGAAGGAACCGGUAAGAUAUACGGUUUCACUAUCAACCUUUAUGACAUUGACGAAUCUGUGGCCACAUUAUGGCCAGAGACAUUACGUUACUUGAAUUCAGGUGAUAAUUAUAAAUACAUUGAUCCAAAUGGCGCAUUCCAAUGGUUAUUAGAAAAUAAACAAAACCCAAAGAAAAACGUUGUCACUGGAGGUUAUUCAACAUGUCAUUUUUGGUCAAAUUUUGAAAUUGGUGAUAUGGAUUUUUUCAGAGGUGAAGCUUAUAAUAAUUGGUUUAAAUUCUUAGAUUCUACCGGUAAGUUUUAUUAUGAAAGAUGGGGGGACGCACCUGUUCAUUCAAUGGGAUUGGCUUUAUUUGCUGAUCGUGAUAAAAUCCAUUGGUUUAGAGAUAUCGGUUAUAAUCAUGACCCUUACCAUAACUGUCCUAAUUCUCCAAAUACCCAAGGUUGCAAAACUGCUAGUUUCAGUAGAUGGAACCAUUUGAAAGAUCAAAAUUGUAUGGGUACUUGGAUUGAUCAAGCUAUGGACGAUCCCGACAAAAUAUAUUAA